AGUCAGCUGACUGUGAGAACACAUGACACACAAACCGUCCGCAUCACAUGCGUUUAAAACCGCACUAACCUCCACAUUCAGACUAACUCUGUGCUUUAUUUAGAGACCAACACAACCGACAGGUUUCUGUAUCUCAACCCCUAAAACUUCAGAUAUUAAUCUGUCCAAGCUGCACAAAUCUCAUUUCCGGAAAAGGUGAUUUCCGGGAAUUUCUCCGUCGGAUUCGGCAUGCAGCAUACAGUGGUUAUUAUUUUGCUGGUGUUCUCCUCUGUCACCCAGGCUUUGGACAAUGGGCUGAUGAGGACGCCACCCAUGGGCUGGCUGGCAUGGGAACGAUAUCGCUGUGACAUUGACUGUGAAAAUGAUCCUAACAACUGCAUUAGUGAAGUGCUGUUCAGGGACAUGGCAGACCGACUUGCUGAAGACGGCUGGAGGGAGCUCGGUUAUGUCUAUAUUAACAUCGAUGACUGCUGGGCAUUAAAGAAAAGAGACGCACAAGGACGACUGCAGGCAGAUCCAAAGAGGUUCCCAGGUGGCAUCGCUAAACUGGCACGCUACAUUCAUGACCGUGGGCUGAAGCUGGGUAUUUACGGUGAUUUGGGUACUUAUACCUGUGCAGGAUACCCCGGGACGACCCUGGAUAAAAUAGAGAUCGAUGCUCAGACCUUUGCUGAUUGGGAAGUGGACAUGCUUAAGCUUGAUGGCUGCUACUCUAAUUCCACUGUCCAAGAGCAGGGCUACCCACGUAUGUCAAAAGCCCUUAAUGCCACCGGCCGUCCGAUCGGCUUUUCCUGCAGCUGGCCUGCGUACCAAGGAGGGCUUCCUCCUAAAGUAAAUUACACUCUGCUUGGUGAGAUCUGUAACCUGUGGCGUAAUUACGGUGAUAUCGAGGACUCGUGGGACAGCAUCCUGAACAUUGUGGAUUGGUUUACAGAAAACCAGGAUGUCCUGCAGCCUGCUGCCGGACCAGGACGCUGGAAUGACCCUGACAUGCUGGUCAUAGGAAAUUUUGGCCUCAGCAUGGAGCAGUCUCGUUCUCAAAUGGCGUUGUGGGCAAUAAUGGCAGCUCCCUUAUUCAUGUCUAAUGACCUGCGAACCCUAAGCAGUGGGGCACAGGCUAUACUGCAGAACAAAGCGGUCAUCAGCAUUAACCAGGACCCGUUGGGCAUCCAAGGAAAACGCCUGAAAAAGCUGGGCAGUGGUAUAGAGGUGUUCAUGCGUCCUCUAUCUAAUAACGCAAGCGCUUUGGUGUUCUUCAGCAGAAGAACAGAUAUGCCCUACCGCUAUUCGACGUCUCUGAAGGAGCUCAACUACGCACCUGGCAGUUAUAAAGUCUAUGAUGUGUUCAUGCAGAAGCCCAUGCCUACACUGAAGGACACCACAGGUUUUGUUGUCUCCAUCAAUCCCUCAGGCGUGGUCAUGUGGUAUGUUGCUCCAACUGAGUGGCAGAAACAGUCCAAAUUCUUCCGAGCCAAUCGUAAAUCCGAUCCUUUCAUCGUGUAAAUGAUCUUGUUUUUUUUUUUUUUAUCCAAUCGUGGUGCCGCCAUCGUGACCUUUUUUUUCCCCUCCUGUAGGCUAAAAAAACAGAGAUUAUUUGAAUGUAUAAAAUUAAAUGGUUCUUUUUUUAUCGUCUGCAUUUCUAUGAAAAAUUAAGGGGGGGGGGGUCCACUGGAAAUACACUAGACUUCUGUAACAGACAUUGACAGAAUGAAGUAAACAGAAAGCAGCCUAUAUUCAGCAGGCUUUUUUUUUUUUGAUCAGUGUAAACAACUUCAGGAAUCUCGGUGAGGAAUGGGAACUUUUUAAUUAUCUUUCACUUAAUGCUCAGGGACACUAGUUUACAAUCAGCAUGUAUGAAGUUAUAAUAAAACCGAUGUCGUCCUUCACACAUCCCAGUCUAAUCGGAGUUGAGCGGCAGCUCGGCAGCGCCGGGGUUUGAACCCCUGACCUGUAACCCAGAGCCUUUAAUCGUUCAGCUACCGCUGCCUCUCUCGUGAAUAAAGUGGGCAUGAAUUUUACUUGUUUGCUUUUAUGGGAUGAAAUGUAAGACUAUUUUAUUUAGAUAUGUGGUGCAGUAGAUUAUUUUCCUUGGUAAUUAGGGUCUUGUAUCUAAACACGUACUAUGGAAAUCAGUUUAUUUAAAAAUGGUCAUUUUAUGUUUUUGAUUAAAAGUCUGAUCUUCUCAUA